CUUUUUUUUCCAAUUGUUAAAACUAUAGAUAAUUUUCUCUUUUGUGGUUUCUCGAUUCUUUGACGACUGGAACGAACAACGAACGGGCUCGUGCUGCUGUUUUUGUUUCACUGAAGUUUAAUAAUUAAAGAUUACAAUUUAUCGUUCGAUAAUUCUCCAUCUUUUCAUUCCUUUUACGAUUUAUAUUGUCGUUGGUUUAUUCUUCAGUACUUUGAGAAUUUUUAUUUAUUUACUAAAAUCUCCGUUUUUCGAUUACACGUAAGUAGAUUUUUCUAUCAACUAAACAUUAAUUUAAUAGUUCUCAUUAAAAACGGGCCAAAGUCCUAAAGUAUUUGUGGACAACUAAAAAUUUCAAUUAAAAUUGUAGCUAUCUAUUGCUAGACAGUUACUAAUUGCUUUAAACCUAGUAUUGGAAAACAAUUACUUUUACAAAUUGUAUUCAAUUUUAAUAUCGCAUUUUAUUUGUUACUCCUACUCGUGAAUACCUUGUUGUCUAAUUGUACUUAUUAUUAUUCUUUUAUUAUAAGAUAUGCCAAAUUUGUUUAAUUUUUGGUUUAAAUUAAUAUUAUAUUAUUAAACAUUAAGUAGAUCUAGUCCUGAUACUAAUUAAUAAAUAUUUAAUAUUAGGUGCAUAUUUUUAUUGUUUGGGUGGGGCAUAUAAUUACUAUUUGAUAUUUGAUAAAUAUAUAUAUUUUUUUUUCAUAAAUAUUCUAACUUUUAAUGAGAAAAAUAUUUAAUUAUUUUUAUUAAUACAUAGUUCCUGCAAGGGAUGUUUUACAUAUUUUCAUGUAUUAACAGGCAAAAAAUGAUACAAUUAAUUUUAUCUUAAUUUCUAAUCUAAAUUAAAAUACGGCUCUUGGGGUAUAAAAAAAAAAAAAAAUCAUAAAACUGUAAUUACAUACAUUUUCCGUGUACCCUGUUUGACCAAUAUACUAUAAUUAAAUUUUUGAUUUUCUUAUUUUCCGUCGAAAUGUGACUGGUUAAGAAUUGUGCAUUCGCAAACUUUGAGAAAUUUAGAUCAUUUACAGUCACUGUCUGGCUCUUGUAAUCAAAACUAAACUUAGGAAAAUCAGAAAAUGUUAUAUAGGUGUUCUAUUCAUAUAGUAACUUAAACAAAUGACAAACAGAAAAUGUAUACUUUUCAAUAUCUCUUUCAAUAUGGCUCUUGGGUAGGUAACGAAAAAUGUGUUCAAAUCUCAUUGGUAUAUUUGUGUUGGAAAUUAGAAAUUCUGACUGUAGAUAAUUGACAAUGUAAUGGAGUGGAAUGGAAAAUAUAGGGCUGGUUAUUCAACAUUUUGAAUUUUUUUUUUUACCUUAAGAGUCAGACUUAAAUAUUAACUUAAAUAUUUUUACUAACUAAUAUAAAGUAUUUUUAAAUUUUGAUAUUAGGUACAAGGUGUAACUGUUAAAUCACCUUAUUGUGUCUACCUUUGUUACCAGUUAAAAUAAUAUAUAAAUACAAAUUAUUUGAUAAUAUUUAUAUUCUAUUUUAAUUUAAAUUUGGUAUGUAUUUUAAAAGUGUUAAAUAUUUAUACAUUUUUAAACAGUUUAUUGAAAACAGGAAAUCAACAAACAGUAUUAUCAAUUAAAAAUAAGAGGUUUUUGCCUAUUUAUGAUGUCAUUUAUUUACUUGUAACACAUAGCUAUGCUAGUUUAUUAGAAUUACAGGGAAUUCUGUUUAAUGUGAUCACUGGUUUAUUGAAUAAACUGUUUAUUGGAAUCAAAAGUGAAAAUCCCAAACCAAAUCUUUUAUUAUUAAUGUUAAAUUAAUUUUUUAUUAGAAUCACCAAGUACUGGAUAAUUGAAUCACUUUUAUGAACAUUCUUAUCGUUUUUAUUUUAGUUAUAUGUAUUUAUAUUGUAUGUUCCAAAAGUUACAGGUACAAUGUACAUGUUAAUAUUUUGUAUUUUAUUUUUAAUUAUAUGUACAUUGAACAUGGAUUUUAUUUUCAUGCUAAUAUAAAAAUAAAAUUUGUAGAUUCCUAAGUUUAAUUAAAAAUAGAUAGGUAGCUUCUUUAUUUUAUUUUAAGUUAACACAUGAAUACAAAAUAAUUAAAAAAAUAUUUUAUGGAUCAACUGGUUAUUAGAAUCAAAAUUACCUGAACCAAUGUGAUCACAUUAAGCGAAACUCACUGUGUAUCAUUAAUUUAAAAUUUAAACAUAGGGAUUCGAACCUUUUUGUUUUAACCAGAGUAAUAAAAUAAGUGCCUAAGAAUAUAUACCAUUUUAAAAGUGCAUAAUACCCUCAUUUGCUGACUUUGUCUUAACAACAUACAACAUACUUAGAAAUUUUGUGUUCUUUAUUACAAAUUUAAUGAAUUAUAAUUUAUUUAGAAUUCAACGUGACUAGCUCUUUUACAAUAUAGAGUGUGGUAUAAAGAUCAAUUGUGUAUUAAAAAAAAAUAUUUAUAUGUAUAUGUAAGAAAAUAUUAAAGAAAAAAUUGAUAUGCUCGGAUUAAUUGAAUUUAUAUUACUUUUUUUAAAAAUAAAAUAAACUUAAAUCUAAAAAUAUCACCAGUUGCAUCAAAGAAAUCUAAGGCAGUGGAGACUGAAUUAGCUAGUUUCAGAGCUCUAACAAAAAAAGAGUCAUUACCUGAUUUGGACUUGGAAUGGCAAAAAGAUUAUGAUUUCUUGAAUAGUAAGAGGGAAUACGGAAAUUGAUAUAAGCUAAAAGCUCAAGACAUAAAAUAUUGUAAUUUAAUAAAUCGUAUAUAAACAUAAUAUCAUAUAACUGAUGUCUUAGUAGGUGAGAGGUUUAAAUUAACUACAUUUUGAAUCGGGAUAAUAUUAGUCUUUAGAAAUGGAUAGGUUGCUCAUAUGGGCAAUUGAAUUUAAAUAACUGAGGCAAAUUCAAGAACAGAUCUUACAAGAGAGGAAUGAAUUGUUUUUGUUGUAAUGGGAUAUUUAAAUUUUUGAGAGCUCCUAUUUAUGAAACCUAACAUUUUAUGAGCUUUGGUAAGCAUAUGUUCAUGAUUUAGUUUAAAGGAUAAUUCAGAACUGAAAUGAACACCAAGGUCUUUUACCGUAUAAGCUCUGUUUAAGAUUAUAUUAUCCAAUGAGUCAUUAUAAGUAAUAAGAUUUUUAUAACAAGUGAAAGCGACAAUUUUACAUUUCUCAAUAUUUAGGGUUAAAAAAUUAUUUUUACUCCAAAUUAAAAAUUUAUCCAUGUUGUUUUGCAAGUUGAUUGAGUCAUAAGUUGAAUUAAAUUGAGUGUAAAACUUUGUAUCAUCAGAAAAAGUAGAACUUUACGUUUUGACUAAAAAUUUGAGGUAAAUCAUUUAUGAAUAAUAAGAUUAGUAAAGGUUCUAGGUGAGAACCCUGAGGUUCACUAGAUAGUACUUGAAUUUACCUAUUAUAUUGUAAGAAUAUUAUUUGUGUUUAUAUAAAGUUUUCUUUUAUAUUUUAAUUUUUAAGCAUGAUGUUUUUAAAUGUGUGAAAUAUUAAUCUAAAAAAAUUGCUUAUAUGUUGUUUUAAAUUUUGUAUAUAUAUAUAAAACUGAUAUACAAUCAAGGAUAAUAUUCUUUCUUACUUUUCCUUUUAAAAGUUCAUAAUGAUUAAAUUAUGUAUAAAAAAUAUAUUAGUACUGAUAUCUACAUAUUAUUAUAAUUAGGAAGUCAUUAUUGAUUUAUAUUUUAUUUCUCAGGUAUUAUUGUUCAAGAAGUUGUGGUAACCAGAAUAGUCAAGUUUAUUAGGGAAUUAUAAUAGAUUUAGUGACAGUUCAAUGAGACGUGCAAGUUAUGGCGGUGGUAGUCGUGGAGCACCAAGGGGAAGCAGUAGCCGUGGCUCUGGUUUCAGUAACCGUGGUAGUGGAGACUUUGAUGGUUAUAGAAGGGGGGGUCCAGCUGGUGGCGGAGGAAAUAACUUCCAAAGCUUAAAGAGUAAGCAGCCUGGUGGAGCUCUUCGUAAACCCAAAUGGGAAAAUGAAACACUUCAACCUUUUCAAAAAAACUUUUAUACACCUCAUCCAUUAGUGUUAAACCGGUAUAUAUAUUUAAUAUUUAUAAUAAUAUUUUAAAAUUAUUAGUUAAAAUUAAAAUGUAAUUUUGUGCGUAGUCCUAAACAAGAAGUGGACAAUUAUGUUAGCGAAAAAGAAAUUUCAUAUGUUGGUAGUAAUAUACCAGACCCAAUUAUGAAUUUUAAUGAAGUAAUUCUUCCAGAUUAUGUUUUAAACGAAGUGAAGUAAGUUCAGAAUAAAAUAUUUAAAAUUUGUAUAGAUAUAUUAUUUUAUUAUUGAUAAAAUAAUUAGGAAACAAGGCUUUAGUAAUCCAACACCUAUUCAAGCAGUCAGCUGGCCAAUUGCUUUAAGCGGUAGAAACAUGGUUGGAAUAGCUCAAACAGGUUCUGGAAAAACCCUUGCUGUAAGUUUUAAAAAAUAUUAUUUUAAAUAUAUAGUUUAAGACAAAUAAUUUUUGACUUAUUGUGUAUUCCUAAAAUAAAGAAUAUAAGACCUUUCUUUUUAAUUUGGAGAAUUUAAUAAAAUUUAAAAAUUUCUAGUUGUCAAUUGCUUCAUUUUUUCACCUUCUAUUUUAUAUAGAAACUACAUGAUAUUAUUAAAAUUUGAUAUUUGACCAAUCUAUAGGACUGUUAUAUUUUAGUAACAUAAUGCUGAAAAUAUCAAAAUUCUAUAAGAAUAUUAAUUGAUAACUUUACUAUUAAAUAGUAUUUAUUUCAAAGUGCUUUUAGCUCAUAACAUAUGUACAGUUGUUGUCAUUCAGCUAUAAAGUAAUAUAAAUUGUUGUCAGGUAAAAUAAAAUAGUACCAGUUUUAUUAUUAUUGAGAGAUUAUUAGUACUAAAAUUAUAUACUUUAUGAGUUUCUACAAUAUUAAAGUUCUUUAACAUCUUUAAAAUAUUAAUUUAUUUUAUAAAUUGAUUUGAACACUGUAUAAAAUAUUAUUACCUACUUAGUAGUUUAAAAUUAUACUAAUUUUUUUUAAUAAUCUACACAUUUUACAUAAAUUGUUCUAGAUAUAAUAAUUAAUACAAAUUUUAAAUCUAGUUAUCUAGUUUUACUUUUCAAACUAUUUAGAUAUUGUAAAUGUAAUAAGACUAUAAGAUGAACAUUUUUUUUCAGUAUAUGUUACCAGCUAUAUUACACAUAAACCAUCAGCCUCGUCUUUUACGUUAUGAUGGUCCAAUAGUUUUAGUGUUAGCACCCACCCGUGAACUUGCUCAGCAAAUACAACAAGUAGCUGUUGCAUUUGGUACUUCUACAUUUGUAAGAAAUACCUGUGUAUUUGGCGGUGCUCCUAAAGGACCUCAAGCUGAUGAUUUAGAUCGUGGUGUAGAAAUUGUAAUUGCUACCCCUGGAAGACUUAUUGACUUUUUAGAAAGGAGUACAACUAAUUUGAAACGUUGUACAUAUUUAGUACUUGAUGAAGCUGAUCGCAUGCUGGAUAUGGGUUUUGAACCUCAAAUACGUAAAAUCAUUGAACAGAUUAGGGUAUACAUGUUAUGAUAAUUUGUAUUCUGGUCUUGUAAUAAUAUAUAUAAAUAUAUUUUGGUUAGCCUGAUCGUCAAGUUUUGAUGUGGUCAGCAACAUGGCCCCCAGAAGUUAAAAAUUUAGCGGAAGAAUUUUUAGACGAUUACAUACAAGUGAAUGUUGGCUCUUUGAAUUUGUCUGCUAAUCAUAAUAUUUCUCAAGUGGUCGAUGUAUGUGAUGAUUUUGAAAAAGAACAAAAGUAAUUAUUAUAUAAUUAUUAGUCAAUAUACACAUAAUACAUUCAUUAAAAAUUUUAUUUUUUCAAGAUUAUACGGCUUGUUAACUGAUAUAUUUUCACAACCAGAUAAUAAAACUAUUAUUUUUGUAGAAACAAAACGUUCUGUUGAUAAUAUUGUGAAAUCCGUAAACCGAAAUGGGUAAAAUAUUUACUAUUAUAUAUUUAAUCCCAUGAAUUAUGAAAAUUAGGUAUAUUGUUUUUUUGAUUGUGUAGUUGGAGAUCUAUAGGAAUACAUGGUAAUAAGUCUCAAAAUGAACGUGAUCACACAUUGAAUCAAUUUCGGUCAGGUCAAGCAAAUAUUCUGGUGGCAACUGAUGUAGCUGCUCGUGGUUUGGGUAAGUUGCGGUAAAGAAUACAAAUCAGAGCGUGGAACCCAGAUUCCAGACUGGUUGUAAAUGUAUUGAUGCCUUCGAUGGUCUUGUAUCUACUCACUCAGCCGGUCGGGUUAAUGUCAAAGAAAACAGAGAGCACGUCGGAUGAUUUUCAAGGCACGUAAUAUAAUAUAGCCUAUUUUUUUUUUUAAUUUUUUUUUUUUAACUCUUGAUAACUUAAUCAAGAAAAACUAUAUAUAAUACAGGGCUGGUGUUCUAAUCGCGCUGUAUGUGUGGUUAUUUAACUCUGGUCUUUAAUGAGAUAUGAAUAUAAGCGGAAUCAGUUUAUUAGGUAAUAAUUCACAUAUUAAGAAUUGAUUAAUACUGAUCCGCUUAAAUUAUCAAUCUUUAGACCAGUAAUUACAUCAGCCCAAAACUUAAAAGGAGGCUAUGUUAUACCAAUUGACCUUAAUUAGGCUUAAAUUACUUAGUGCAGUAGAAUCUUAAUUAUCUGAAAUGUUUUAUAGAAUUAGAUUUUUAUUAACUGCUUUAGAUACUAAGUUUAUUUUUAUUGUUAACUAUCAGGAAAACAGGCUAUAAAACAUAAAUUCAGAUAAUUAGGUUCCUACUGUAAAUAUAUCUGUUAGACAUUCUCGAUAGGCACCGAGGAGUAAUUAAAUAUAAAUGUGAAGGAGCAAAAUGUUUUUAUAUUUAUUUAGGAAUUUUUGUUUUAAGUUUUAUUUUUAGCUAUUAAUAUUGAUGAGCUUAAUCAAUUCUUGGACAAAUUUUUAGGAUCAAUUUCAGGAGUCUGAGAUUUGCUGAUUGCAUUAUUUAUUUAUUUUUUGUUAAUUGAUAACAAACAUUUUAUUUAUCUGUUCCAUUAUUAUAUGGUACUUAGGUUUUAAUUAAUAUCUACUAAAAAUUAAAUUUAUUUGAUAAGUACUAUUAUUAGUAGUUGAUAAAUGGAUAUUAACAAAUAAAACAUAAUUUUACAUAUUAUAUAAACAUUUUCAAAUUUUGCUAUAAAAUAAAUUUAAAAUUCAGUUUUAUUUAAUUAUUUAAAGUAUUUAUUAUUUUUUCUUUUGUGUUCAUAGAUAAAUUCUAAACUUUAUUUGUUAACUACAAUGUUAUCAUAUAAAAAUAGUAAAAUGUAUGUUUUAUGAGGUGUAUAAUGUAGUCAUGUAGUGCACUGUUGUACCUCUUUAUUUUCAAAUUUGUGUGUUUCGUGCUCAUAAUUCUAAACUAUGACUCUUUUGUGUAUUAAUUUAAAAAUGGAUUUUUGUGUGUAGGUGUAUAACUUAUCAAAAUAUUAAAUAAUAGUUCCAAAUAUAACACGAUGUGUAAAUAAGUAAAAAUAAUAAUCAUUUGUAUUGUUCACCUUAUAUACUAUAUUUUGUUUUAUAAACAUUUUUUAUUUUCAUGCUGGCUAAGUAGUAGGCUUGUUUUGAAUGAGUAACUUGAAGAUCAAUUUAAUUUAAUUUAAGACACUUUUGAUUUAUCUUAAAUUACUAUUUUAAAAACAUUUGACUAAAAUGAUCUUAAAAAAAAAAUUGUUAAAAAUUUUAAGUGUAACAGAAAAGAUAUUAGCUUUAUUAUAUGUAUUUUUUUUUUCUUAGAAAACUUGCGGCAGCUGGUAAAUUUUUUUAAUUUUUUAUAACACCUUAAACGAUUCUUUUCUAUGUGGUACUUUAUUUGAAAAUUUGUCAACAUUUCUAUUAGUUUUUUUAAAACAUGAUGAUAAAUAUUGAUGUAUUAAUUUAACUUUAGUUGACUUUUAAAUUACCUUAAGUUAUCUUGAUUAUAGGAGAUAUACAAUUCUUAAAUUUUAGACAAAAUAUUUUUGUAUUAAAACAAAAAACAUUAAAUCUAUUCAAAUUUGAGUGUGUUCUAAAUUAUUAACUAAUUAAAAUUGAUUUAUUUUUAAUAGAGUAAAAAAAAAAAAAAAAAAAUGGAAUUAUUUUUUCAGUUUUUAAAUAUCAUUCUUGAUAUAAACUGUUUUAAUGUUCCACAUUAAAUAUUAAAACAAAUUCUAAUUUAAUGACAUGUACUAUUUGAUAGAAUAUACCAAAAAUACCUUAUGUUUUUGAUUAGUAGAUAUUUUUAAUUACUAUAAUCUACUAAAAAUAAGAUGGAACUACUCUUGAUGACAGUAGUCUACUUGUAUAAAAAAAAAAUGAAAUGUGGGAACAUGGAUGUUAGAAUGCUCUUUCAUUAUUUCACAUUGAAAGAAAUUAAGAUACAAUACAGGGAUCUAUAACGUUAUUAAUGUCUUACUCAUAAUCUAACUUAUAUUCUGUUUCUUUACUUAUAUUAUUUAUAAAUAUUGGUAAAUAAUUUGCAUGGUUUACUGACUGUAAGUUAAAAUAUGUAAAUUACUUCACCAAUAAAUAAUAUUCAUUUGUGAAGCAUUUACUAACAGUUUAAAUUUAGUGAAAUCAUGUGUAUUUCAUAUCAUACGAUUGUUAAUAGACAUAAUUUUUAAAACCAAAAAUAUAUACUAUUUUAAUGUUAUUUAUAUUAUAAGCAAAAAUAUAUUUAAAAUAUUUUGGCCUUUAGAAACGGUUAAGACUCAUCAUAAGAAGGUAGAAGAUAAAACAAGACUUACACAUAUUGUAUAAUUUUAUAUCAUUAUACAAAUUUGUAUUGUAAUUUUAUUUAUUAUGCAGCAAGUUAUGCUCCUUCAUGUUAAAUAAAAAGGCAUCUAAAUAUUUAAUUUUACGUCAAUCAGUCUGGUCAUUUUAUAGUUUAUAUAUUUAAAAAUGUAUUAUAGCGUAACAUCAUACAUAAUUUAAAUAGGUUAUUUCUUGGGUAUUCAAACAGUUUUUAUUUAUGCUGUUACAGUUUCAUAAUUAAAAUAUAAGUAUGUUUAAUAAUUAGUCGCUGAAUAUAUUUAUUAAUUUGUUUGGAUAAUUUUUUAUUUAUUAUGUGCAGUCAAUAUGAUAAAAAGUUUUUCUUUUUAAAAUCAUAUAAUUAAUAUUGUAAUUGUUAAUUUUGCUUUAUGCGCUGUUAAUUGAUAUUGUUGUAUAAACAAAUUUUCAAGUAAUAUUAAACCAAUUUUUCGCUUAUAGCUUAUACUCAUAAUGAAUAGAAAAAAAUGUAUGUUGCUUUAUUUCUUUUUAUACAUCUAAUCUAAUGCUUACUGACAAACAUUAAAAAAAACUUUUAAUUAGAAAAACAAAAUUUUAAAUAAUUUAAUAAAGUUUAUUUUAGUAGUAAGGUUUACUUACAAAUAGGCCAUGGUCGAUUAGUCACCGGUCUGUUUCAGAUCAGUCAUGUCACCAACUCAUUUCAGUAGUCCCAGUUUAAAUACAUCAUAAAUGAAAUAUUGAACACAGCUCCUGAUUCGUUAUGUGAUAUAAAUGGUAUUCAGUCAAAUAUAUUUAUGAGUACAGUUAUAAAAGAUAAGAACUAGCCAAAAUUAUUUCAGAUAUACCAUUAAAAUCUUUGGACAUUUCCAUUAUUCUAUAUUUAAAUUUAAUUAAAAUAUAAGUAGUAUUUGUCAGAAUAUUACAGCAUGAUUUUUUUUAUCAUGAACCAGCAAUUAUUUCUGAAGAUUUUAAGUGAAUAUGAUUUCUGUUUUUCCUAAUGUUUAUGGAAUCGUUUAAGCUUUAUUUUAAAACUAUUUUUAAUAUUUUACUUAAAGUUUAGAUCGGAGGAGUAAGGAAGGGUAAUAAAUUACCUAUGAUCCUUCUCUACUUCUUCAGUUUAAACUUUAAACUGUUGUAACUCAUAAACAGUAAAUCUGAUAUUAGUGUAAAAUAUUAAAAAUGGUUUUAAAAUAAACCUUGAACAAUUUCAUAAUGAUUAGAAAAAACAGAAAUCAAAUUCACUUAAAAUCCUCAGAGAUAAUUACUGGUUCAUGAUAAAAAUAAUCACCCUAUACAUCUGCACAAAUAUAUAGUUUAUAUUUUUACUAAUCAAUGAUUAUAUGUUAUACCUAAGUUUAGUAACUAACCGCUGAAAUUAAAAGGAUUUUUGAUAGCUAUAUACAAAUGAAUUUGACAUAACGAAACUGAAAUGAUCAGCGACUGAUCGGAAAUAAAAAUAUUUUCUUGUAUUUGUAUACAAUUUAGAAAUUAGCAAAAUAACCUAAAAUUAAAUUUUAGUGUACUUCUGUUUUCAAUACCUUAAAUAAUAAUACUAAACUUGGGAACACAAAGGGGAUGUUAUUUUGCCGCUUGUUUUAAUUUCAUAUUAACACACUAACAUUUACUUACAGAAAUAUUUAUUAAUACUUAAUAUUAUUUAGUAUAUGAAUAUUUCUACUAGAUAACAUCAUAGUAAAUGAAAAAGUUAUUUUCCAACUUUUUUAUUUAAAAAAAAAAAAAAUUAGAUGCGGUUCAUUUUGUCAACAGUAAAUUUCCUUCCUUAAAGUGCAUUUAAUUUAUAAUAUUUGAAAGUAUCAGAUAAGAUCCAGUGAAAUUGUUUAAUUAUUUUUGGAUAAGUGCCUUUGCAUUUGAAUAACUGCUAACUGUGUAGCGUGAACACAACUUGUUGAAAGUUCAACAUUUUAUUAAAAAUUUAAAAUAAAAUACGCUCUGAAUCUAAAUGUCGCGUGUUGUGUCUGUUGUUUACCAUUCAUUGCAAAGUAUUUUAUUUUUAUUGCACAGCAUUUAAUUUAUAUUAACGCAGUGAAGUCAAGUUGCACUCAACAGCUUUUUUUUUUAAGGCAACAUUCGUGUUUUAUGCUCUUUAUUAAUUUCAAUGUGUUAAAAUAAAAUAGACUGUAAAUUUAUGGCUUGGUAAAAUAACAACCCUGUAUUCCCAGCCUAAUAGAAUUGUCUAAUUUUGUUACAAUCUUAUGUCGAGUUUUAUUUUCAAUUUUGUAUGUAAUAUGUUUAUAUUUACUUAAUAAUGUAUAAGAACUUAAUUUUUGAUUCAAUAAUUUUUUUUUAUUGUGUCAAUUUCUUUAAUUUUAGAUUUUUAUUUAGCACAUAUUUUAAUAAUUAUUACUUUUUAGUUUUAUUUAUCCAACUCUCAUAAAUAUAAAUAUUGAUUCGUAUUUUGUGUAAUAUAUUCGUAUAUGUAUAAUAGAAUGAGAUAUUAAUUUUUAUUAUUGUCUACUAUAUUUUAUAAUAAUAAAAUUAGUUUUCUUCUUUUAAUGUGUUAAAUAUUGAAAUAUUGUAUUCUAUAAUAGAUGUGGACGAUGUCAAAUAUGUAAUCAAUUAUGAUUAUCCAAAUUCAUCUGAAGAUUAUGUGCAUCGUAUUGGCAGAACUGGUCGUUCUAGUCGUACUGGAACAGCAUUUACAUUUGUUACACCCAGCAAUGCUCGUCAAGCUAAAGAUCUCAUUUCUGUUUUACAAGAAGCCAAGCAAGUGGUCAACCCAAAGCUGUUUGAACUUGCAGAAAUGGCUGCUGCAGGAGUAUUUGGGAAAAGUAUGGAUUUUUUUUGUAUAAUUUUAUUAUGAAAACCUAUUUAUUUUUUAAAUAUUUUAGUGGACCGUUCCAAUCGUAGUCGUGAUCGUGGUGGACAGAACAAUCGAGGGCGAGGUGGUCAUGAUCGUGGUAGUCGGGGAAACUUUAAUAGCGGUGGUGCUCGAGGAACAUACAGUAACAGAGGUGGUGCUGCUUCUUCAAGAGGAGGUCGAGGCAGUUAUGCAGGUGGAAGUCAUAAUACCAGCCGUGAAGGAUAUACAAGCGGAAAUCAGGGGGGUCGUAGUGGAUAUACAGGAACGAAUGCUGUGAACAGUGUAAACAAUAAUGGUGCUGCUACUGGUCGUGAAAGAACCAGCAGAUGGGGAGAUAGUAAUAACAGUCAAGUAGCUCUACAUCAACCUAGUCAGCAUCAGCCAGCAUUUGUUGCACAACCGCCCGUCCAAAUACCUAACAUGAACAACCCACCUCCUGGUUAUCCGAAUAAUUAUGGAUUUCAAGCGCAGCAAUCUAAUAAUAACUUUAGAGGAGGAUUUUAAUUUAUGACUUAUUUUUUUAAAUAUUUAUAAAGCACUUCUAUUUUCAAACAAAAUUUUAAUAGACAACGGUAUGUUAGAUAAAGUAAACUUAUACAAUAAAUGUCUUAUAACAUUAAUAUUAGUAAAUUAUUGAUUAAAAGAUUACAUUAUAUAUAUUUAUACAUAUAAAUUUUAAUUUAUAACAUAAAUUCUACACAAUUAUGCUUAUUUAUAAUUUGAUUUUUUUUUUCAUUUUAUAUUUUAGAUGAAACACGUUUUAAUUAUUAUUUUUUUAUAGAUAGUUCUGAAAUUAACUAGUAAAGAAUGAUAUUUUUAUUGAAGAAAAUAUUUAAUUUUAUUGACACAAUUAGGAUUGAAUAUUAGAUAAAUGAACUCUUGGUUGUUUUAUAUUAACAUUGCUAAUAUUUAUAGCAUGUGAAUUAGUCAAUAUUAUUUUCAUGUAUACAUAUGAAAAUUAAAUGUAAUAUAUUUUAAUUAUUGAUUAUGUGCACAGUGCCUGGUUGACCAAUGAGUUGUAAAAAUUAUAUUCCCAAAAUAUAUUAUUAAAUUAUACAAUUUUUUUUAUUAUCUGCUGAAAUUAUAUUGAUCUUUACAAUUUCAUAAAAUACAUAAUAUAACAUUCAUAAAAUAUUAAAAUUUAAUUGUAUUAAUAUAAAAUAUUUUCUUUUAAUUUUAAAUAAUAUUAAUAUAUUAAAUAGAAAAAAAAAAACACUUACAUUAUUACUAACUCAUAAUCAUUUUUACCAUAAAUAAUUCAAUAAUAUAAACAUACAUAUUGAAAUUUGAGCAAAUUAUAAAAUAUUAAAUUAAAAAUAUAUUUGCCUUGUUAGAUUAGUAGGCUCUAUAUUACUACAAUUAUUGUCAAAAAUAUUAUUUCAUAGAUUUAUUCAGUCACUUGUCAGUCAUAGACCACAGACCCUGGUUGGCUGUUGAAUAAAUAAUACUAUUAAAAAUAUACCCUUAUUGUAACAUCAACUCAUGAUGUGCGACAAUGAAAACUUAUUUUCUGAACUAGAUGUUCUCAUAAUCUCAUCGGCUGGAGUUACACGAUUUCUUGGACCAGGUUCAGGAGUGUAUGUAAAUGUUAGUCCAGUGGCAUAAAUGAUUCCAUCAUUUCUCACCAAUGAUACAGGAACUUGUGUUAGCUGUUUCACCCAUGACCAAUCUCCUCUGAAUGAAGAAAUAUCCGGUACUACUGCUAUCAUACUUUCUUGGCAACGAAACAUAGUUUCCGACUCUACAUUUCCAAACCAAACUUGUAGAUGUGGUGUAAAAUUUUCACCACUUAGUUCUAACAUGGCAACAUCUCCGCCGCCAUUUGUAUUAAGGCCAUGAACUACAGGUACAGGUGUUAUUGGUGAAUUUACUGGUCCCAUUCCUUCGUAAAAUUGAUAUUCUGCUUUGUCUGUACUGAUGAUAGUCCAACAAGCUCCAUCAUUGAUCAUUUCUUUAUUUGGGACUUUUGGACACGGAGUGGCUUGAAAAUUAGUAAUACGUUCUUGUGAUAAACACAAAUACAUGUGAUCAGUGUCUUUCAUAUAAAAUGCACAUUUAUGCAAUUGUGACACAGGAUCAUCGGCUUCUAGCAAAGCUGUUUGUUUAUCAACUUUUCUAAUUACUAAUCUAGGUAAAGCCAUUCCAGAAACACUGCACACCAAUUUAACAGUACUUCCAUAAUGAAUGUAACCAUCCCUAACAUUAAACAUGUCACUUUCACUUUCAUCAUCAUCUAACAAGUAUAUGAUAAAAGCUCCCCAUUGUGUUGAACUGGCGUGAAAGGUUCCAUUUUCAACAUGUAAAUAUCGAGUACUCACUGUUUGUGAUCUAAGUCUAUUGAAUAAUGCCACUUUUGUACCGCUGGCAAUACAAAGAUCAGCAUUUUUCAAUGACUGUUUCUUUUUCGAAGGUUUUGAUAUCACUUUUAUUCUCUUGCUAUGGAACGUUCCAAUAUCAUAACCAUUGUUAUAGAACAUCCUCACCAUAAGCAUAAAGUGCUUUCGCUUAUCAGAAUCUGAUAUAAACAAAGUUUUGGCUGCACAAUAUUGUUUACUGUUGUUAAGAUCGAGCGGUUGUAAAUCUUGAUCUGCACUACCAAUACCGAUGAAUGCACUCAUUUGAGAAUUUGUUUCGGUAACUCCUUCUCUCAGCAGUUGUUGUUGACGCGAACGCCAACCAUUACCUAAAAGAUACACGCAUGGGGGUGGGCAAAAAAAACGUUUUUCAUUGCCAUAAGAUUUUUGGGCAACUUUAGCAUGAAGAAUGACUAAAACCAAGUCGUUUCGAUCAAGCAAAUAUCUUUCCAUAGCAUCUUUUGUUAGUCGUUUUUCAGGUCGAACCUGAGCUGAAGGGCCUUGUGGAUUAUAGUUGUGAGGCAUUAUAGCAAAUAGCAAAUCUAAUGUCGUAAAUAUUAUUCAAAUGUUUAAAGACAACUACUGUAAUUUUGUUAGUUGUUACUUGUUGCACAUUACCAACCAAUUUUCUUUAAUAUUGUAGAUUUAAGCGUUGAUGGACAUGUCAAUCGUGAUUUACAUAUGUCUGUACAAACAU